AUGUGCAGGGAGUGGAAGGGUCCUGUCCUGUGCACUCAGGGAGGUGCUGCCUGCACUGAGCAUCCCAGUGCCACCGGCAGCCUUGGGCAGCCAGGUUUUGGGCACAGCCCUGUGCCGCACCCACAGGCAGCUGCUUCUGGGCUCCUGAAUCGCUCCGUAUCACCUUCGAGGGACAAACCAUGUCCCCAGUGGCUGAGCCACGGCCGUGGAGGUCUCAGCUGGGGGGGUCAGACUGGGAGCAGGGGCCAGCACCACAAGCUGGGCUCUCCCCGACCGGCCCCAACACCCUCACCAACACCCUCUCCUUCCAGAUUCCUCCUCGUCUUCAGCUGCCUGGUGCUGUCGGUCUUCUCCACCAUCCAGGAGCACCAGAAAUUGGCCAACCAGUGCCUCUUCAUCCUGGAGUUCGUCAUGAUCGUGGUGUUCGGCAUGGAGUACAUCAUCCGCGUCUGGGCUGCCGGGUGUUGCUGCCGCUACCGGGGCUGGAGGGGAAGGUUCCGCUUUGCCAGGAAACCCUUCUGCGUUAUAGAUUUCAUCGUCUUCAUCGCCUCGGUGGCCGUCAUCGCCGCCGGCACCCAAGGCAACAUCUUCGCCACGUCGGCGCUGCGCAGCAUGCGCUUCCUGCAGAUCCUGCGCAUGGUGCGUAUGGACCGGCGCGGCGGCACCUGGAAGCUGCUGGGCUCCGUCGUCUACGCCCACAGCAAGGAGCUCAUCACCGCCUGGUACAUCGGCUUCCUGGUGCUCAUCUUUGCCUCCUUCCUCGUCUACCUGGCUGAGAAGGAUGCGAACGCCCAGUUCACCACCUACCUCCCGCGCAGCAACAAGAUGGGCAUCAAGGACCGCAUCCGGCUGAGCAGCUCGCAGCGGCAGAGCAGCCGGGGCAGGCAGCACCUGGGGCCCCCCCUGCACCGCUCCCCCAGCACCGAGGACAUCCCCGAGGCCUCCAGCCCCACCAAGGUGCAGAAGAGCUGGAGCUUCAAUGACCGGACUCGCUUCCGCGCAUCCCUGAGGCUCAAGCCACGGAUCCCCGUUGAGGCCGAGUGCCCGCCGGAGGACAGCGGGGAGGAGAAGAGCUCCCACUGCGACCUGACCUUUGAGGACAUCAUGCCAGCAGUGAAGACCCUCAUCCGGGCUGUCAGGAUCCUGAAGUUCCUGGUGGCCAAAAGGAAGUUCAAGGAGACCUUGCGUCCCUACGACGUCAAGGACGUCAUCGAGCAGUACUCAGCCGGCCACCUGGACAUGUUGGGCAGGAUCAAGAGCCUGCAGACACGCGUGGACCAGAUCGUGGGCAGGGGGGCCCUGGCUGCGGACAAGAAAGUGCGGGAGAAGGGGGAGAAGGCGGCGCUGGAGACGGAGCUGGUGGACGAGCUCAGCAUGAUGGGGCGCGUGGUCAAAGUGGAGAGGCAGGUGCAGUCCAUCGAGCACAAGCUGGACCUGCUGCUCGGCCUCUACUCCCAGUGCCUCCGCAAGGGCUCCAUCAACUCCUUCAGCCUGGCCGCCGUGCAGGUGCCCCCCUGCGAGCCCGACAUCACCUCCGACUAUCACAGCCCCGUGGACCACGAGGACAUCUCGGUCUCUGCCCAGACCCUGAACAUCUCCAGGUCGGCCAGCGCCAACAUGGACUGAGCAGGGAGGCAGCGGGAUGGCUCCUGCCAGCGUGACGCGGUGGGACGGGACGCUGGGAUGUGGGAGCAGCGGGGAUGUCCCUCGCCGUGUUACUUGAACCAGACCUGCCUUUGUGGGGGGCACGGCUGCAGUGGGGUGCCCGCUUUGGGGAUGGGGUGGGAGCCCGUGGCACUGCGACACGGCCAGCCUGCGCUCCUGGGAUGCUCCCGGGAUGCUCCUGAGAUGCUCCUGCCCAUCCUGGAGGGUAAGACCCCCCCAACCCCAGCCAUGUCAGGGGUGCUCCAUCCCCUGGGGUUUGGCUCGUAGCCCCAGCCCUCAGGACGUGCCCAGCUCCCCGGUGGGGCCCUGCCCAGUCCCCCGGCACUGAGCCACGGCCACCAGCCACCUAUGCAAGGCUCCAUCUCCCUUCUGCUGCUGGAGCUGAGCAGGGGCGUUGGAGUUUCACUUGUGUCGCUCCAGGUCAGGGCAGCGGUGCGGGCCCCCCCCAGGCCAGGGAGCAGGGGUCUGUCCCCCCUUCACCCUCUUCUGCCUGGGUUUUUUCCCUGCACGCAGAGCUGCAGCUGUGGCUGCACCUCUAGAAGCACAGCAGAGCCUUCUGCCUGCCCGUGCAUGCUCCCAGGGCAAUAUAUAUAUAGAAGAGAUAUAUAUAUAUAUUUAUGCAAUAAUGUCUUAAUAUGCAACGCCCCCGGGAAGAGCAACCCGUGGGGACAUAGGCAAUAAGCAAACCCCCCUACGAGCACACAGGGCUGGAUCCUGCUGCCCGUGGGGGCCCGCCUGGGUGCCCUGGGGGCUCAGGGCUGAUAAACCUCUGCCCGAGGGUGGCCCCGGGGCUACAGGGCUGGGCAGGGGGGGGCUGUGGAGGAGGGAGGGGGUGCAGGCACAGGAGAUGGGAACAGUGGUCCCUGAGGAGCGUCCCUCCCUCUCGUGUGGCAGACCCUGCUCUUGCGUAGAGGAUUCCUUCUGUCGGGUCCUGCGGUGCUCAGUUUGUCCCUCCCCAUGUCCUCGUCCCCUCCAUGGCCCAGGGAGCACGGGACGGGCCUGGGGGGUGACUGCCCUGUGGGGACAGAGCGGUGUUGGCCUCCUUGCAUGCCACUCGCAGCUCCCGCACCCCCCUGCUCCCCAUC